AUGUCUCGCUUUCUGAGGCUCGUCCUAUUGUUAUGCUAUUUCUCAUCCCUCUCUCCAGCAUUUGGGGUCCCUUCCUCGCAAUCACCCUUGGUGGAGGACCUACCAGCAAUCUCGAAGCCCAACAUAUCCAUAGAGCUUUUCAAUGACCUGGAAGAGCUAUCACGCAUAGUCGAUAUUUCUUAUUGUGUCGGAGUGACAGGAAUAGGCAUUCAAAAACCUUUCCUAUGCGCGAGCCGAUGCCAGGAUUUCCCCAGCUUCGAGUUGAUAACGACAUGGAAUACAGGCCCCUUCAUGUCGGACAGCUGUGGAUACAUUGUCCUUUCUCAUCCUCCAUCGCCUCCAAGGAUUAUUGUGGCGUUCCGCGGAACUUAUUCAGUAGCGAAUACCAUCAUCGACUUGUCAACGGUUCCACAGGAGUAUAUGCCUUAUCCAGGUGACGAGGACGAGGCUGAGGACAAGCAUGCCAGAAGCUUGCGGAAACGAGCAAUAAAUCCGCAAAGGGCAGAAUGUACCAAUUGCACUGUCCACGCAGGGUUCAUGACCUCAUGGAGGCAUACUCGACCUCAUAUCCUACCCCAUCUCGAUGAACUCGUUCAGAAAUAUCCGGACUACCAGGUAACCUUGGUAGGACAUUCUCUCGGCGGGGCGGUGGCAGCUCUUGCGUCUCUUGACUUGGAGUCUCGGGGUUGGAACCCCCAAGUAACAACCUUUGGUGAGCCAAGAAUUGGGAACCAAGGACUGAUGCAAUACAUCGACAAGACUUUCUCGGAUCAUGGUCACACAGACAUCACUGGCAGGUACAGACGAGUAACACAUUGUGAUGACCCGGUGCCGUUGCUUCCUUUAACAGAGUGGGGCUAUCAAAUGCACGCUGGAGAAGUCUACAUUUCGAAGCCGGAGCUAUCUCCGGAGGCCAAGGACCUGAGAUACUGUGAGGGUGACGAAGAUCCAAAUUGUAUAGCCGGUGCGGAAGUCCACGACGAAGGUCAGAGCGGUCCGAAUAUCCCAAGCAUUGAACAAGGCGCCGAUAUAGAAGGGUUCAAGGACUGGUGGAAGGACACGAAGGGUCUUUUAACAGUACCGCCACGCUUUCGCAUAUGGCAAUUGUUCUUUGCUCAUCGAGACUACUUCUGGAGGCUCGGGCUUUGCAUACCUGGCGGAGAUCCCAGUGAUCGGUAUCGAGAGUAUCCUCAUGGUGAGGGAGGAGAGCUCUGA